ACAUACAAACACACAAUUGCACACACACACACACACACACACACACCAUCAUUUUGCAUUUCUCAUUGAACUUGUUAUACUUUAACUGAGCUGUUUGUAUUUUUCACCUACACCACCAGUCAGGAUUUGCAUGACUGCAGUGAAGUUUUAAUUCUAAUUACACCUUUUCUUUGCUGUGUCUUGCACACAUCUGCAACAUGCGCCUGCUGACAGCUGCUCUGCUGCUUUCUUUACUUGAUUCUAUCUCCUGUGUUCAGUUUCUGGCCAGGCUGAACAUGGGAGGAGUCACAGGGCAGGUGCAGUUUGACUCCACUUCCCAGACAGCCACUGUCAUGGUGUCUGGUGCUGGAUCCUGUGGUCCACUUAACUUUUCCCUCAGUGAGUUCCCCGUCAUGUAUGGCCAUUUUGCUCAGCCUUGUUCAGAAGCAAAUAUUGGCCCCAGCAGUUUUACCUUCGCAGCUGCCUCAAACUCCACUGUCAAUGUGUCGCGCCUGUUUGAACAAAGACCAAACCUGGACGACUUCUCACUGACUUUACAGAUGUGUAAUGCCACUAAAGUAUGCACCAUCAUAAGUCAAGGUAAAAUGCUCUUGACUCGUCAGGCCAGAUUCACCGGACCUAUUGCCGGUAAUGUUUAUAUCCGUCUAAACACAGGAGAGACCAACCCCAGGCUUCUUGCAGACCUUGUUACAAUUGGUCAGGUUAAUGCCUCACAAACCAAUAUCACUCUGUUUGGAUCCAUGAGCACCGCUGCAAGCUGCAAUAUUCUACUUGGAAGCUUAGACACAUCCUCUUUGACCAAUUUGGGUGUGGUGAAGGUCGGAACCCCGUUGCAACCAGAGAAGUCCCGUCUAGACAACCCUGGCAUCAACAUCAGCACUGGCUUCCUUCUCUUCCGCAUGGAGUCAAGCUACAAGUGUGCUCAGAUAUAUAAUGUGCCAGAGAAACAGGUGGCUGCAGUUGUGAACAUGAGAGGGAUCAAAGGAUACUUCCUCUUCCGUCAGGCUUCCCCAUUUGAUGUGACAGAGUUGAGGGUGAACCUGACCAACUUACAGAGCAGAGUUGGCCCUUACCAUGUCCACAGGUUUCCUGUCCCGCCAGUCAGGUCUCCUCCAUCAAGCUUGUGUUCAAAUGAUAAUGUGGGGGGCCACUGGAACCCAUUUGAACUCAACACUAAUGACCCAGCGUACCCGAAAGUUCCUGGGUCAACACACGACAGAUAUGAGAUAGGUGACCUCAGCGGUAAGCAUAUGUCCCUCGCAGGUAAAAAUGAGGUGGAUACUGUGUUCACGGACUUCAACCUCCCACUGUUUGGACAAAACAGCAUUGUAGGUCGUUCAGUUGUGAUUCACCAGACAGACGGUGCCAGGUAUGUUUGCGCCAGCAUCAGCUAUCCCGGUGAAGUGAUCGUUGCCAGAGCCAGAUUUCAGAGCCCUGUGGUUGGUGAGAUCUGGUUCACCCAGCUGGAGAACAACCCUCUGUCUGAUGUAUCCAUCUUCAUGGAUCUCUCCUAUGGAAAUCCCGCGAUGACACCAACCAGAAACCACAAUUGGCAUGUUCACACCUUCCCCAUUAGCUCAGAGAGGGAUGAUGACAAAGGGCGCUGCAGCACAACAGGUGGACACUGGAACCCCUUUAACAUCAACACAGGAGACAGCAGCUAUGCCCUCCACUGUGGCCCAUCCAGUCCCUUAUCCUGUGAGGUGGGAGACCUUUCCAGCAAACACAGCACCAUUAACCUCGGCACCACAGUGGGCAGCGUGGAAGCAAAAAACUUCUUCACUGAUGUCACUUCCUGGUUGCCUGGGUCAGGCAUUCUUGGUCGUUCUGUAGUCAUCCAUCAAGCAGAAAGAGGAGGGCCAAGGAUUGCUUGUGCCAAUGUUACAAUGGUGCGGGUCCCCAAAGCUAGCCUGGGUAGCUGGUUUGGCCCUGCGAUGUCCAACGGCCAGGUGCGGUUCUCCCAGGCUGUCCCUCAAGGCCCCACGACUAUAAACGUGUCCCUGAUGAACCUGAAUGCCUUAGCUGGGGGUUACCAUGUUCACAUACUGCCCAUCAAGCCUGACAGGGCAGAGCCCUGCUCCAAUGCAAACAUCAUGGGCCACUUCAACCCGUUGGCCUGGAACGUGUCAAACUCUCCAAUGCCGGGAGCUGGCACUGUGGACCAGUAUGAAAUUGGCGACAUCAGUGGGAAAUUUGGGAUGCUGAAUGGCCUCAACCAGUCUGAGGCUCUAUACAUGGACCCUGAUAUGCCAUUAACUGGACCCUACAGCAUUGUGGGAAGGUCACUGGUGGUUCACUACGCCAACGGGUCAAGAAUGAGGUGUGCUGACAUUUCAGCUGACAGAAAUGCAGAUGGACAAUGGACCAUUGCCAGGGCUGUUUUCAAUGGUACAGUGACUGGGACAGUCCGACUGAGCCAGCAGAUGUUUCCUGAUGGGAGUACCACUGAUAUCACACUGGAGGUGACUCUUCAGUCAUCAUCAAGACAAAAUACAACUGUGGCAUCCUUGUUCAUCACAAGCAACCGAAUGGGCGCUAAUAACAGCCAGUGCAACGCUUUGGGGGACACGUACAAUCCCUUCAACAUGACAUCAAUGGGCUCCACAUGUUCAUUGGAAAACCCUCUGAGCUGUGUGGUGGGGGAGAUAUCUGCAAGGCAAGGCCCAGUCACUCUGAAUGAGGGUCAGCUCUACACUGACAGCAUCAUCCAGCUCUCUGGAGACAACACAGUGGUCCACAGAUCUCUAGUGCUAAAGAACGGUGACAGCAUCAUUGCAUGUGCCAACAUCCUCCCAGAAUCCCCUGCAGCCGAGCAGACCUUUCUCAGUGUGACUAACUUCAGCAGAUAUGAUUUCCGUAGGAGGGUUGCAAAUGUCCUGCAGUUGGACAUGUCAAGAGUCACUAUCCUGCCCGGCUCUCCCCUCUCUGCAGCAGAUGGAAGGUGCCAGCAAGUCAACUUCAUGGUAUCUGGGAAUGUCAGCACUGAACUUCUGAGCUCUGUCAAAACCAGUGAGGAGAUGGGCAUGUUCAGAGAGUCUGUUUCAUGUACAAAUUCGAUAUCCACAGGAAGUGGAUUUCUGCCAUUGAUGCCAGGAAGCUUUCUUCUUGGCUUGAUGUUCGCUGCUGCCUGCCUGCUGCCAUCUACAUCUUAUUCAUAGCUCAGAGAUUCAUGCAUCAAAAGAAGGGAUACAUGGAUCCACAUAUUGUAAAACUGUGAAUAUGUUUAUGAAGUGCAGCCCACCAAGUGGUACGAUGGCCAUCUGAUUCAUCAUCAAAUACAUAUUAACUGUGUCUCCUUGUACAACUUUUGUCAUCCAAUAAAGAUAUUGACAUUUGCAUUCAGUUUUUGUAAUAACCAUUUUAGGCAACAAGCUGUUCAUUAACUGUUUAGUGUAACCUUUAUAGAAGCUUCAUUUUUUUCCACAGCUAAUAUUGCUCAUAUUAUAUUCAUUUGGAUUGUUAAAUGGGUGAGUGGAAUUAAUACAUUGCAUUUUCAGAUUUCCAGACUUUUUUUUAUGUAUGCACUAUCCAUAAAUCAAUGUCAAAUGUUUAAAUAUAUGGAAAAUUGUGAAUAAAAUACAAUAAUGUUUG